GGGGCGCGGGGAAGGGGAGGCUGGCGCUGUCGGAAGCCAAAGGCUUUGGCCUCCCUGAGGGAGUCGCUUUCCCGGCUCGGGUCGGAUCAAUGGGCUGUAAUUAUACCGCGCCAGGCCGGGAGCCGGUGGGGAGGGAGCGGGAGCUGACAGGAGGGAGCCAGCAGGCGGGGGCGCGGGCCGCCCGGACCCACGUUACUUUGAUUGACAGCCAGAGCAGAGAGUGGCGCGCGGGAGCUUCUGGGAUACGUAGUUUUUUCCCGGUCCAGAUUGCUUGUUCGUAAUAGCAAUGUUCAGUCUAGUAAACUGAGGCACGUCCGGCACCUUCAACCUCCCAACUCCCUGUAAGCCCAUUCCACCUCCUCAUGUGAUUUAAUGGGUCAAACGAAAUAAGCUUGGGAAGUUAGCGGGGACAAAAAUCAAAUCGCAGCCAUUCCGUAAGCGGCCAAGGUGCCUUCUUUGCCUCAGUUUACCUAUCUCAGAAACAGGCCGAAGGAAGCUUUGGUUGCCGAGCCUUGGCAAGGGACUUAUUUUUAUUUUUUUAAUAUAGAAUAUUUUGAGACAGGAGUCUACGUAGCUUCGACUUCACAACGAACCUCCUGCCUCAGCUUCUCAAGUGCUGGGAUACCAGGAACCCGCCACCACGGUCGGCUUCAAGGGGCUUUUGCUUUUAAAAGAGGAUCAUGAUCCUCAGGGACCACCACGCGGGGCCCCACUCACGGGGAGGGGGAGGAGUUGCACGCCCCAGCCCCAUUGGGACCUUUCCUAUUGGUCUAUCCCAGACCACUGCCUCCUGCUAUUGGCUGCCGGGUACCCAGAGCUCACUGGCCAGCGCUUCUGGUGACGUCAGAGACCCAUGUGGGAGCUUCGGGAGCUGAAUGGCUGGCAUACCUGACCAACCACGGAGGAGAUAGUCGGGUCCCUGGGCAGCGGGGCGGCUAGUCUGAUUUAAGGUGGUCCGAGAAGUCCCGGCUCCGAGUAGCAGCUUUUUCCUUUUUCUGUUUUUUUUUAUUUGCACAGCGCAGAACUGCGGAGCCUGUGUGCACGGAAGCAGGGGCGCACUUUGAGGCGCUGAACCUCACUUUGCAAAGUGGAGGAUCCUGGAUCAGGCUGAAUGGGAAAAGUGGCUCAGGAGGGUGGGAAAUUCUGAGGGUACUCCCCACUUCACCACUUCAGGUGUGGUGUCUGUACACUCCAGGGGUGGGGUUCAGGCUGUCCCAAAGGAAACCCCAGAUCAUCUCCUCUGCUUCUAUGGAGGCUCAGAGGCUGUGGCUUCCCAGGCCGGACAACAGAGGGACAGUGACCCUCUCUUCCAGGAGCCCCCUUGGGUCCCAAAACCAGGCUUGACCCCCUCCGGGGAGGGCUCCCUUUGGCCUUGGGUUCCUUCACAGCUGGCCUUCUGUGGAAAGGUUGCAGCGGGCGGUCUUGGGCUGAUUUUUUAAUGAGAUGGAGGUAGCCUUGGGGAGAGGGAAUUCCAGGAAGAGAGCUCCAGAGAGUCCCAACUCAAAUUAGGUCAUUCACCUAGGAAGCACAAGACCCUGGGUUCGGUCCCCAGCUCCGAAAAAUAGAACCAAAAAAAAAUUAGGUCAUUCAAUCAUGAUUGGGUACCUGGAGCAGGGUAGAGGGUGUGGCCAGCACAAAUAAUGCCAAGAGGGAAUGUGUCCCCUGAUAAUAGGAAACCAGGGGAGAUUGUACAAAGUUAGUGAACCAACGAGGCUGAGGAUCACUAGCAGGAUGGGUGUUGCGUGGGACAUGGGGGCGGGGUUGGUCUGAGCAAAACUUGGCAGUGUAAGCACAGAUGAGAGCAGCCUGUGUUAGAUUGGGAGACGCUACCAAUAGCGAACAAGCUUGAUUUGGGGAGAUGGAGAGGGUUGGUAAAGGCGAUGGUGCAGGGAGAGGAGAUUGAGGGUCCCAGGGCCUCUGGGGAUCAGAAGUUCUCAGACACCAAAAGCUUGUGGGACAGGAGUGUGCUAGAAUUUCUGGUGUGAUCCUCUGUCUGCAAGGAAAAAAAUGAUCAGUUAAACAGCAAAGCGGAAACUAGGACUAGUAAGAUGCCAUGCUCCUCGGAGCAGGUGCUGAGAGAUGCAUCAGGGCAUCAGGACCGACCUUUGCAGGGGAGAAUAUGAGUGGUCAGAACCGGAAAGAAUGUUACAUGUAUCCUUAAGGCUGGACAAUGCCUACGAUGCUACAGACCAUGGUGGUCCAGAUACUGAGAGGGCUCCACCCCUGGCCAUGGCUCCAACCACUCACUGGGGGAUCUAGGCUGGGGAAUGGGGUAGGCAAUGGGGGGGUCUACAAUGCCAGCCUUACUGAGCACUCUCCCACACAUAUGUCACCAGUGGCUCAUGUUUUUACUGCCAUCGAUUAUCUAAAUCCUUGCUUUGUUCAGACAGCUCCUGGCCAGCCAGCUGUGAUCUUGGCUGGUCUGUGCCUCAUUUCCCAGAGUCUGAUCAGAGAGAGCUUUCUGUCCUUUUAUCAUGGAAGUCCUAGGUUUCAGCUUGAAUCCUCCUGCUGUAGAGCACUGGCCAUGAGUCUCAUAAAGGCCCCUGUCCUCUGUAGUUGAAUAGCUGCCCACAGAGAUCCAAACUUAAUAUGGAUGUGAGGUCUUCCCCCAUGAUUGUUGCCCACUGAUUCCCAGUGCAUAGUAGUUCACAGUAGCAGCAGCCAUUUAAAAAAAAAAGAUUUAUUUAUUUAUUAGAAGUACACUGUAGCUGUCUUCAGACACAGCAGAAGAGGGCAUCGAGAUCCCAUUACAGAUGGUUGUGAGCCACCUGUGGUCUCUGGGAAUUGAACUCAGGAUCUCUGGAAGAGCAGUCAGUGUUCUUAACCUCUGAGCCAUCUCUCCAGCCUGCAGGCAUACAUUUAUUGUUGAUUUAAUUAUGGACCAGAGCUCAGGUUUCUUUCCUUUUUUUUUCCCCUUCCUGAGACAAGGUUUCUCUGGGUAGAACCUGGCUGUCCUGAAACUUGCUCUGUAGAUAUCUUAGGGUUUUACUGCUGUGAACAGACACCAUGACCAAGGCAAUUAUAAGGACAACAUUUAAUUGGAGCUGGCUGACAGGUUCAGAGAUUCAGUUCAUUAUCAUGGAGACUGGUGCACGGCAGCCUCCAGGCAGGAGUAGUGCAGGAGGAGCUGAGGGUUCGGUCUUCUUCUGAAGGGCCUAGGACAAGACUGACUCGAAUGCAGUGGGCGGAGCUUCAAAGCCCACCCCCACAGUGAUAGCUUCCUCCAACGAGACCACGCCUACUCAAACAAGGCCACACCUCUAAAUGGUGCCACUCCCUGGGCGGGCAUAUUCAAACCACCACAGUAGAUCAAGCUGGCCUGAAACUCACAGAGAUCAGCCUGCCUCUGCUUUUCAAGGGCUGAGAUUAAAGGCACAGGCCACCACUUUCCUUUUCUGAGGUUUCUUUAUGUAAAAUAGGAUAAAGAUCUGUCUUGUCUUGCCAGAACUUUACCAGAGUUGGAAACAACUGUGAGUGGUCCCCUGGUGACAAGUGGCUUCUCAACUCUGGGGGACACACUUAAACUUGAUGUGGUAGGAGGUGGACCAGAUGGCUUACGGAGGCCUAUUGUCCCAACUACUACUGGGACUGAGGAUAGGAGGAUUCCAAGCUCAGGUUUUGCGGGGGUAAUUUAGCAAGACCUCGCCUCCAAAAGUAAAAGGGGCUGGGGGCUUAGUCAAGGGUGGAGUCCCCAAUCCCUAGUGAGAGAUUGGGGGGCUGGUCAUGGGUGGCGCCCCGCCUAGACUUCCGCAGGGAAAGACUGGGUGCGUGGUCAGCGGUAGAGCCCUUCCCUAGACUCUCCCAGUGAGUGGGGGGCGUGGUCAGUGGUAGAACCCCUAAGGAAGAUUUUCUAGUGUUUAGGUUCAAAAUACACAGAGCUGAGGUCCUAUGCACUAAAUUUGGGGAGUCUGACCCUUUAGGAGCCCAGUCAGGUAGAGAAGGCCACCCAGUUGACUGGUGAUAGCAGUGGCACGCGAGUCUGUCCUGGACUCUGAGCCUGGCCAAGCAGCCCUGGGUUCUGUCCUGGAUCUCUCCAGAGUCGGGCAGCAUUGGCUGACAAGCAUAGCCUGGGUCUGCCCUUCCUGGGACAGUGGGGGUGGGGCGAGAACACUAGGAUCGAACCCAAGCCUCAGUUUCCCCAGCGGGUCUUAGAGUCGAAGAAGCAGAGCAGGCGGGGGCGGCGGUGCCACCUUAAGGCGGGUCCCGCCCGCGGCUCCCAGCCGAGCCCCGCGGAGGGAGGCGGCUCCGCAGCCACCGAGGCCACCAGCGCCGACCCCGGGCGGCGGCCACGGACCUGCGGCGCUGACUGCAGCUGCCCCUGGGCUGGACAACCCGGGACGCGCUGGCUGGAGCUCCACCUCUGCACCCCAGCUCCCCUUUGCCACAUCCUCAAGCCUCCACGAAGCUGGGGGACCCUUUUCUCACCUAUCCAUCAGCAGGAUGUACCCCCAGGGAAGGCACCCGACCCCGCUGCAGUCUGGCCAACCUUUCAAGUUCUCAGUCCUGGAAAUCUGUGACCGGAUCAAAGAGGAAUUUCAGUUUCUCCAAGCUCAAUACCACAGCCUUAAGCUAGAGUGUGAGAAGCUGGCCAGCGAGAAGACAGAAAUGCAAAGGCAUUAUGUGAUGGCUGCACCCCAUCAGUGUCCCCAGGGUGGCACCAGCUGUCCACACUGGCCAAGACUGUCUCCUUUGCAGUACUAUGAGAUGUCCUACGGACUCAACAUUGAGAUGCACAAACAGGCUGAGAUCGUGAAGCGCCUCAGUGCAAUCUGUGCCCAGAUGGUCCCAUUCCUCACUCAGGAGCAUCAGCAGCAGGUGCUCCAGGCUGUGGACCGAGCCAAGCAGGUGACCGUGGGGGAACUGAACAACCUCUUGGGGCAGCAGAAUCAGCUCCAGCCGCUGUCCCAUGCACCCCCUGUGCCUCUCACCCCACGCCCAGCUGGCCUGGUGGGUGCCGGGGCCACUGGGCUGCUGGCCCUCUCUGGGGCGCUGGCUGCGCAGGCCCAGCUGGUGGCUGCUGUUAAGGAAGACCGUGUGGGUGUGGACACCGAGGGGUCCAGAGUGGACAGAGCUGCCAGCAGGAGUUCAUCCCCCUCACCCCCUGAGAGUCUGGCAGAAGAGGAGCAUCCUAGCAGCCGAGACAGUAACGGGAAGCAGCAGAGAGCCGAAGACAAGAAUAUGUCAGGGCCUUAUGACAGUGAGGAAGACAAGAGUGACUAUAACCUGGUAGUGGAUGAGGACCAACCGUCAGAGCCCCCCAGCCCUGCGACCACCCCCUGUGGGAAGGCGCCCCUCUGCAUCCCUGCCCGCAGGGACCUCACGGACAGUCCAGCCUCCCUGGCUUCCAGCUUGGGCUCACCACUCCCCAGAAGCAAAGACCUAGCCCUGAACGAUCUCUCCACAGGUACUCCCGCCUCUGGGUCAUGUGGUCCCUCUCCACCCCAGGACUCGUCCACCCCAGGGCCCAGCUCAGCCAGUCACCUCUGCCAGCUGGCUACUCAGCCGGCACCGCCCACAGACAGCAUUGCCCUGAGGAGUCCCCUGACCCUGUCCAGCCCUUUCACCUCGUCCUUCAGCCUGGGCUCCCACAGCACCCUCAAUGGGGACCUCUCCAUGCCUGGCUCCUAUGUCAGCCUCCACCUGUCCCCCCAGGUCAGCAGCUCUGUGGUGUACGGAUGCUCACCUCUGAUGGCAUUUGAGUCGCACCCCCAUCUCCGAGGCUCGUCCAUCUCCUUGCCUAGCAUCCCGGGGGCUAAGCCGGCUUACUCCUUCCACGUGUCUGCGGAUGGACAGAUGCAACCGGUGCCCUUCCCAUCGGAUGCACUGGUAGGCACUGGCAUCCCUCGCCACGCGAGGCAGCUGCACACACUGGCCCAUGGUGAGGUGGUGUGUGCCGUCACCAUCAGCAGCUCCACGCAGCACGUGUACACGGGCGGCAAAGGCUGCGUGAAGGUUUGGGACGUGGGCCAGCCGGGCAGCAAGACACCUGUGGCACAGCUGGAUUGCCUGAACCGGGACAACUACAUUCGCUCCUGCAAGCUGCUGCCUGACGGGCAGAGCCUGAUCGUGGGUGGCGAGGCCAGUACCCUGUCCAUUUGGGACCUGGCAGCACCCACACCACGCAUCAAAGCAGAGCUGACCUCGUCCGCCCCCGCCUGUUACGCGCUGGCCAUCAGCCCGGAUGCCAAGGUCUGCUUCUCCUGCUGCAGCGACGGUAACAUCGUGGUCUGGGACCUGCAGAACCAGGCCAUGGUCAGACAGUUCCAGGGCCACACGGACGGGGCCAGCUGCAUUGACAUAUCAGACUACGGGACCCGGCUGUGGACUGGGGGCCUGGACAACACCGUGCGCUGCUGGGAUCUGCGCGAGGGCCGCCAGCUGCAGCAACAUGACUUCAGUUCCCAGAUCUUCUCGUUGGGCCACUGUCCCAGUCAGGACUGGCUGGCCGUGGGGAUGGAAAGCAGCCACGUGGAGGUCCUGCAUGUGCGCAAGCCUGAGAAGUACCAGCUCCGCCUGCACGAGAGCUGCGUGCUGUCGCUCAAGUUCGCUUCCUGCGGACGCUGGUUUGUGAGCACAGGCAAGGAUAACCUGCUCAAUGCCUGGAGGACACCCUAUGGGGCCAGCAUUUUCCAGUCCAAAGAGUCUUCUUCCGUGUUGAGCUGCGACAUCUCCAGGAACAACAAGUACAUUGUGACAGGCUCAGGGGACAAGAAGGCCACUGUGUAUGAGGUGGUGUACUGAACCAUGUGCUGCCUUUUCAAGCCACCUGCCCUGGAUGGCAGGCCACUCGGGACAUGGGUCCCUUUGCCCACACUUGGCUUGCUCCCUCCCGGAUGGGUGGGACUGGGGGCACUGGGGAAAUAUAAGAUUAUUUAUCAACUUGC